UCACCCGGUAGUCAGACGCGCCCGGCCAACGUGCGUCUGAAUCUGAGGAGAACUUUAGUCAUCAUUAAAUUAGAUCUGGUUUUCUUAUCCGCUCCGAGUAUUUACAUCUUUAGACUUUACUCUUCGAGCUGACUGGUCUGCGCAGGCGUGAGAGGCGGUGCAGUUAAAGUGGAUCAAAUUAAAGUCAUGACUGAUAAUAACUGUGUCAGUGCUCGAGCUUCAGUCUGAGCAUUAGUAAACUGGAAGCAGAGACUGAGAAAGACACGGCAGUUCAAGUCAACUGUAAACCAUGUCGAAACCGGGCAGUGCCAGGGGGGCAACCCAGACCGGGACGAGGCGGUUCAUCAGUGGAGUAGUGGAAGGUUUUUAUGGGCGGCCAUGGACUAUGGAUCAAAGGGCAGAUCUGUUUAAAAGAGAACAGAAGUGGGGUUUGAACACGUACCUGUACGCCCCCAAGGAUGACUACAAACACAGGAUGUACUGGAGGGACCUGUACUCUGCGGAGGAGGCAGAACAACUCAUCGCCCUGAUAUCAGCAGCUAAACAGCACGACGUGGAGUUCAUCUAUGCAAUCUCUCCCGGUCUGGACAUUACUUUUUCCAACCCUAAAGAGGUUGCCGCCCUGAAGAGGAAACUGGAUCAGGUGAGGGAGUUUGGCUGCAGGUCCUUCUCUUUACUGUUUGAUGAUAUCGAGACUGAGAUGUGUCCAGCUGAUAAGCAAGCCUUCAGCUCCUUCGCCCACGCUCAGGUGGCCAUCACUAAUGCAGUGUACCAGCACCUGGGAGAGCUUGAGACCUUCCUCUUCUGUCCAACAGAUUACUGUGCUGCAUUCUGUACUCCUAAUGUGUCCCAGUCCUCGUACCUGCACACUGUGGGAGAAAAGCUGCUGCCUGGGAUAGACAUACUGUGGACUGGUCCCAAAGUGGUAUCCCACAAAAUCUCUGUUGAGUCCAUAGAAGAGGUGUCCUCAGUCCUGAAGAGGGCACCAGUCAUCUGGGACAAUAUCCACGCAAACGAUUAUGACCCCCAAAGGCUUUUCCUUGGACCCUUUAAGGAUCGUCCCACUGAGCUGAUUCCCAAACUGAGAGGAGUGCUCACCAACCCCAACUGUGAGUUCUACCCAAACUUUGUGGCCAUCCACACCUUGGCUACAUGGUGCAAAGCAACCGCUGAUGGAGGUCAGAGGGAUGUGGAAAUGGGCGAUGAGGAGCAGGACCCCUGCUACAGCCCCCAGAGAGCCCUGACCUUGGCCCUCACUGACUGGCUGCAGGAGUUUCUGAGCACCGAUCAACCUGGAGCUCGUAUCAAGAAAGAGUCCUCGGAUGAGGAGCCCAUGCAGACAGACAUGGGAGAGAGCUCCUAUGUUCCUGGGCCUGGGGAGAACCCACUGUACACAGCGGAGCCCCUGACCCUGGAUGACCUGAAGCUGCUGUCCGAACUCUUCUACCUGCCGUAUGAACACGGGCCGACAGCCAGGACCAUGCUGCAGGAGCUGGACUGGCUCAGGAACCACAGUCCAGCCGCCACUGCAGAGACGGACAAGACAGCGGAGUGGUGCUCGAGAGCGCAGCGGUUUGAUGACAUGUGCGAGGCGGUGGUGCAGAUGUUCAAUCGUCUGUCAAAUGCCCCAAACCGCAGCAUUCUGUACGACCUCUACAACUACAUCUGUGACAUCAAGAGUGGGGUUGGUCUGGCUCGAGCCUACGUGAAAACACUAGGAGGGCAGGGUCAGCCCUCAGCCCAGCUAAUGAACGCUGAUCCUGAACCCUGGGGCUUCAGAGGAGGCCUCUCUGGCGAGUUCCAGAGAAUGCUGCCUUGCCAUGGAAACAGGGACCUCUUCAGACAUCCUCCCAUGACGGCUGUUUACUGCAUACGGCCGUACUGCCCCGAGGACAAGAUGGAGGUGCAAAGGAUUUUCAGGGAGAUGCAGAGAGCGGGAGAGGGCAAAGUCCCCCUUAUGAUGCAGCCCCCCAGUAUCUGUGACGGCCUGUCAGCAGGUGAAGUCUCCCCUUCCCCUCAGUGUGCUCUUGUUCUGGAGGAUGACAUUGGGAUGUGUGGUUACGCCCUGGCACUCACUGACGCCAAACCAGCCGCAGCCAAGAUUCAGAGGGCAGUAAGUGAUUCCACGUUCGAGGACUUCCCCUCCCUGUUUACCAUACAAGUGAUGCCCCGGGUCACUGAUCCCUCUCCAGCAAAGCGUAUGAUUGGUCGGCUGUUGUCCUCCAUCAGGAGCAGUGGUUCCAGAGGAGCGUUCUGUGAGCUGAGGCAGGGUGAUCGGAGGAUGCUCGACUUUUACACUAAACUGGGCUCCUUCAAACCCAUAAACAUGGCCGGUUUACCUCAAGACAUCAUUGCCAUGGGAACAAGCCUGUGAACAAGAUCAUUCAAUCAACUGUUGGGUGAAUAACUGCUAACUUUGCAGCAGGUCAAACUGAAAUGCAUUAUCAUUUUUAAUCAGUUAAUAUUUGUGUAAUUUGGUAGCCAUCACCAUUUGUCAAUGUCCUCCUACAUGACAUUAGUCAAGAAAUGCUUAAUAAAAUUCCUAUAUAAUGAUGAAAAGUGUAAUGUAAUACUACUGAUUUUGUAGACAUAAAAAUUGUAAAUAAUUUUUAACCCUGCACAAUAAAAAUGCUAACAUAAGUAUA